GCUGUGUUCAUUUUUGAGUAGCGUUCAUACCGUGCACGUCGGCGACCGCCAGCUCGUGAGUAACGGAAACGAUUGACCGGUCCUUAAUCGAGCGACAACUCAUCUCCGCUACAUACCGGAUUAUUUCCCGUCUAAAUAAUCUGGAUGUUGUAAACGCCUAAUUAUAAAAUUGGUCUACGACGUAUCGGUUCAGUUUCCUGUCGCGGUGUAAAAACAUUUUUUAGUUAAGCAGCAAUGGGUUCGUGCUCGCUGACUACGUGGAUUUCGCUAUUCGUUGUCAUCGUCGUUCCCUCGGCUGUCGUGUCCGGCCAGAAAAACAUCACAGCUCAUUCUGGACAGAACGUCACUUUCCUGUGCCGAGCUCCAAACAACAUAACAGUUCUGCUCCACGUAAAGCGGAGCAGAACUGACUUGGGGGAAGAAUAUGCCCUUUUGUACCAGGAUGAUGUGUUUGUUUCAGGAAACCAGCAUCCAUCUUUUCAGAACCGGGUGGAUCUGCAGGACAGACAGAUGAAGAACGGAGACGUGUCUCUGAUUCUAAAGAAUGUUACGACUGACGAUGCUGGAACAUAUAAGUGUCAGGUGUUAGAGAGAGUCAGAGAAGAAAUGAGGCUCAGCAGCACUAUCACACUGAUUGUUGAUCCUCCAGGCCAGGAAAUCAUCACAGCUGAGACUGAACAGGAUGUUACUCUGCCAUGUCAAGCUCCAGACAACAUCAUAGGUAUAGAGUGGAGCAGACCUGAUCUAAAUAAGGAAUAUGUUCUUUUGUAUCGGGAUGGGCGGUCUGAUCCAAAACACCAGCAUCCAUCUUUUGUGAAUCGGGUGUAUCUGAAGGACAAAGAUAUGAAGGAUGGAGAUGCGUCUCUGAUUCUGAAGAAUGUGACAACUGCCGAUAAUGGAUCAUAUGAGUGUCGUGUGAGGACAGGAACAAGCCGCAGAAAAAGAGCAUAUCUGGAAGUAGAUCCCAUCAAUAUCAUCUACCUGAGUGUUGUUGAUCCUCCAGGUCAGCCAGGAGGAGACACAGAGGAUGGAGGGAAGGAGGAUGAAGGGGAGAAGGAUGGAGGGAAGGAGGCUGGAUCUGUUGGACUCGUCAUUGGCCUUUCAAUUGUUGCUGUGGUGUUUUCUACUGUUGUUCUUAUUUUGAUCUAUAGAAAAAUUAAACAAUGUAAUCAGGACUCACAUCCUCCUGCUGCUGAACCACAGAUCGAAAUGUCUGAGAGUUUUCUAAACUCUGAAUCUCCUGCUGCUGAAUACAAUGACAGAAAUGACCUGGAAGCAAACAACUGCCACGAUCAAUCCACAAGGAUCCCUGAUGUCACUCUGACACUUGAGAAUGAACUCCUUCAUCCUCCUCCUCAGGAAACAGCUGGACUACUUUCAGAGAGUGACAUGAGAGUGCAGUAGAUAAUGUCUGACAGCAGCUGACCAAUAGAUAAUCUCAAACAACCAAACCAGAGUUUCCUGCAGCAGCAUCCUCUUCUGUGAACACUAUAAAACAACAGCAGCAGUACAGACGUCUGUCUGUGUGAGUCAGCUUUAUGAAUCCCCUAAGGAACCAGGUCAAAAACUGUUGAAUCUGCUCAGAGUUCAUAUAGAGUCUGGUCCACAUGUCUGUACUAAUCAUUCAGCUCCCUCCUUGAAUUCUUCUUUUGUGAGCUCAAAGGAUCCUGAGAGCUGACUUGUCUGCAGCUUUCGACUCCCGAUAAGCUCAAGAAAUAGUAAUAAUUUUGAAUUUGGUUUCUUGACUGCAACAUUUACGUCGGAUGCCCUGAUUUGGAGCAGGGACACAGAAAAUCAUGUUCAAGAGAGUUCAACCAUGUUCAAGGGACGUUACCUUUCGGAUACACGAUGGUUGGGUGGCAGCAUUGGCGCAUCAUGUGCCUGGAGGGACUGUCUAUUGAGGACAUAGAAGAUUUAUACCUAUUUGGAAGAAUGAUAACAGGGUUCUUGCCGAUCAGAGCUGGCUUGGCCCUGGUAUAUUGAAGAUUAAAGAAAGCGGUUACAGCUGUUCAAAACCCCACAAGGCAAGCUGCUGUAGGGGGAAGGGCUCAUGGGUCUACUGGACCAGCACAACGUCAUGCUGCAGGACCGGAUGCUGCUGUCUACAUCACCAAACUUUCACCCCAUUUACCCACACCUGUUGCUGUUAUCAUUUCAUGUUAUGGUGUGAAGAGUCAUGUGCUUUUUGUGGUGAGGAGUUUUUUUUGUUUUAUGUUCUCAGACUGAUCUCCUACCAGGAGCUCAGUCUGAGUAGAGUUCUCUUUUUUUCUCCUCCACCCCCCUAUUUUGUCAUACAUUUCAUUGUUUUUCUCUACGUUACCUGUUCUGACCUGUUUCCCCAAUGUGAGGUUUGUGUAAUAUAUGUAUGGUUGGAGGAGGUCUAAUUUUUUACUGCAGGCAACUGCAAGUGACAAAAAAAUAAGGCUUCAUCAUUGCACUUUGUAAAAACUGUAAUUUAUUCACCUAAAUGAUAUGGAAGAUAUUCUAAAUUUAAGUAUGUCUUUGUACAGUUAUGAUCAUUUGUCUUAAUAAAUUAAAUGCAAAAUUUGUAAUGGUGAGAUGAAGCCUCGUGAUUAACUAAAGCUUUCUAUCCAACUGGUCGACUCAUGGUUCGAAGCAUUGUGAUGGUCAUUUGCUCUACUGCGCCAUCAAGUGGACGAUUCAAGUGAAACAGGCUAAAUGAUUAUAAUACUGUGAUGUGUAAACUGAAUAAAUAAAUUGUUUUCAUGGUUAUCUA